UUACAUGCUUUGCAUACUUCAAAAUGCGACAUAUAUUAAUUUCCCUGCUAUGCACCAACCAUAUUCUGACGUCAUACGAAGAGAAUCCGAAUAAUGGACCUGCGCAGUGCCAUACCUUCUAGUCUCUGUUUGCCACGGAUUGUGUGCGUGUGUUUGUUUGAGUGAGCGAGCGAAUAAUUGUUGCUGUUGCUGCCUGUGCUUGGCAAUUUGAAGAAAAAGCGGCUGAAAUAUUGUUGUGGACAUUCGCUGCAACAAAUGGCCAAUGCUCCACUAAAUACAAAAUCAAAUGCAAACCCAAAUGCCACGGCAACAGCACAGCCUGCCAAAAUCGAGACACGCCUCUGCGCCAUCACAUUUUUUGCAAGACUACAUCCGGGCGAUGUGUGCGGGAGCAACGGCCUACCGUUGACGCCCAAUUCGAUAGCAAUUUUGGGGCGUGCACAGCGUUUGCGGGAGCUGGAGCACGAGAAUUUGUGUCAGUAUCUGGACGUGAUUCGCGGCAAGCAUGAACGCACCAUUGUUGUGUCCGAGUACUCAGGCUGCACACUGGAGGAGCAUGCCAAACGAUCCUCAUUGAGUCAAACACAGAUUUUACGCAUUUUCUACCAAGUUGCCUGCGGCAUCAAUGUCCUGCAUGCGCACAAGCUUGUCGUUCACAACCUGGAGCCUAAGCAUAUACUUAUCCAGGAGCAGGAUCACGUUAAGCUCUUUAACUACGGGCUCUACCACAUGACCAAGGGCGGUGCCUAUGUGCCAUUUCCGAUUGGCAACAUCCGUUACAUGGCGCCAGAGCGCCUCCUAGGCGCCAAUGGCAACAUAAAAAGCGAUGUCUGGGCAUUGGCUAUGAUGAUGCUGGAGCUACUGCUACAGACGACACUGUGGCCCAAGUUGAAACUAUCGAAUAUUGCACGCAAGAUUCUUGCCUUCGGACGCAGCAACAAUGUGCUGGAGAGGAUUGCCCGCGAGCACGAUUGCUACAAUCUAUACCAGCAGCUGGAUGUGGAUGUACGUGCUUUGCUGGAGCGUUGUCUGAGCGUGCCGCUGUCGCAGCGUCCCUUACCCAGCGAGCUGCUGGCGUACCCAUGCUUUGAUCCACAGCGUGAGGAGCUCCGAGCACCAUCAAACGGCACAGUGGACGCAGCCCCGUUGCCGCUUCUCCUGCGCUGCCCGCUCUCGCAGAUCUACCAUCUGUGGCAGCUGGCCGGCGGCGAUGUGCAGGCGGAGCUCAAGAAGGAGGGUCUCAUACGCAGUGAGGCACCCAUUUUGGCUCUGCCGCAGGUGGUCCGUCUAAAUGGCAGCAGCGCAGGUCCCAAGCGCAGUCAAUCCUAUCUAAUGGAUGAUCGCAUUGUGCCGCUGAAAUUAAAUACGCUGGUGCAACGCCUGCGCCGACUGCCCGCCUCUGUCUACUUUCCGUUGAUACACUCACCCCGCUUCCCCUAUGAGUUUGCCGGAGAGAUGCAGCAGCUGCCGCUAGUGAUACGGGAACGAGAUAUUGAAUACCAGUUUCAUCGGGUUCGCCUGUUCGCGCGCCUACUGCAGGGCUACCCUCAUACUGCCGAGCUUCUGCAGAGGGAGGCGGCCGUAGACAUUCCGCCACUGUUGCGCGGUCCCGUCUGGGCUGCCCUGCUCGAGGUGAUUCCCAAUUCUAGCUAUGCCAAGAUUGACAAAUUCACAGCCACAUCCACGGACCGACAAAUCGAGGUCGACAUACCGCGCUGCCAUCAGUAUGACGAGCUACUAUCCUCGCCGGACGGCCAUCGCAAGUUGAAGCGUCUGCUCAAGGCCUGGGUGACUGCCCAUCCCCAGUAUGUGUAUUGGCAGGGAUUGGACUCCCUGACGGCACCAUUUCUGUACUUGAACUUUAACAAUGAGGAAUUGGCCUUCCUCAGUCUUUUCAAAUUUAUUCCGAAAUAUCUGCAGUGGUUCUUCCUGCAGGACAACUCGGCCAUUAUACGGGAAUACCUGAGCAAAUUCUCUCAACUGACCGCAUUCCAUGAGCCGCUGCUGGCCCAGCAUUUGGCAAGCAUUAAUUUCAUACCCGAAUUGUUUGCAAUACCCUGGUUUCUGACCAUGUUCUCGCAUGUCUUUCCGCUACAUAAGAUAUUGCAUCUGUGGGAUAAGCUCAUGCUUGGCGACAGCUCCUACCCGCUCUUCAUUGGAAUCGCCAUUCUGAAGCAGCUGAAGAGCACGCUCCUCACAUCCGGCUUUAACGAGUGCAUUCUUCUUUUCUCCGACCUGCCCGACAUUGUGAUGGAGACUUGUGUGAUCGAGUCCCAAAAGAUGUAUGAGUCCACGCCUAAGAGCAUAACGCAUCGCAAGCACGCCCUGCGACAACAGCCCCCACAGACUCUGGAUAUAGGCAUCGAUGAUGUCGAACUAAAGCAUUUAUUGGCAGAGCAAUGCCCACGGAUAAGCGCCAAGGAUGUCCUGCAUUUGGUGCAGCAUGCGCCCGGCGAGUUGGCGCUCAUCGAUCUGCGGAGCGUUGUGGAAUUCGCUCGCGUACAAGUGCCGCACAGCAUCAACAUACCCUUUGCCACGGUGCUGCUCGGCGAACAGCGUCUGGACGCGCUCAAUGUGCCCCAACUAGAGAUGCAGCUGCGUGGACGCGUCGUCGUUUGUGUCAGCAACAUACAUCAGCAUGCCGUUGAGUUCUCUCAGUUUCUGGUGGCUUGUGGCAUACUUCGCACUUGCAUUUUACACAAGGGCUUCAACGUGCUGCACUCCAUCGAGCCAAAUAUUCUCAUCUCCACAUGAGGCAGGCGACCGGCAUCUUACCUCUCAUGCAUAUAUACAUACAUACACUGUUAAUUCUCCCUGCUUCGUAUUACUCCCCCCUAAGCAUAAUUCCCCAAAGUAUAUUAUAUUAUAUAUUGUAAAUGUAUAUAAAACUGUUUUGUAAUAAUAAAAAGC